AUGGCUGCGGCGAAGGACGCGGCGGUGGCGCUGAGCAGCGGGCACCGGAUGCCGGCGGUGGGGCUGGGCGUGUGGCGGAUGGACAAGCCGGACGUCCGCGGCCUCAUCCACGCCGCGCUCCGCGUCGGCUACCGCCACUUGGACUGCGCCGCUGACUACCAAAAUGAAGCUGAAGUCGGUGAUGCACUGGCAGAGGCGUUUCAGACUGGACUUGUCAAGAGGGAGGAUCUGUUCAUCACAACCAAGCUGUGGAACUCAGAUCAUGGCCAUGUGCUUGAAGCCUGCAAGGAUAGCUUGAAGAAGCUGCAGCUAGAUUAUCUCGAUCUCUAUCUUAUCCACUUCCCAGUAGCUACUAGGCAUACAGGAGUUGGCACAACUUCUAGCGCCCUCGGUGAUGAUGGCGUGCUAGACAUUGAUACCACUAUCUCAUUGGAAACAACAUGGCAUGCAAUGGAAGAACUUGUUUCCAUGGGACUGGUGCGCAGCAUUGGAAUCAGCAACUACGACAUCUUCCUCACUAGAGAUUGCUUGGCCUACGCCAAGAUAAAGCCUGCAGUGAACCAAAUCGAGACGCACCCCUACUUCCAGCGUGAUUCUCUUGUCAAGUUCUGCCAGAAACAUGGGAUCUGCGUCACCGCGCAUACCCCAUUGGGUGGCUCCACUGCCAACACCGAGUGGUUUGGGUCUGUCUCAUGCCUCGACGACCCUGUCAUCAAGAGCUUGGCUGAGAAGUACGGCAAGACGCCAGCGCAGCUUGUCCUCCGCUGGGGUCUGCAGCGGAACACGGUGGUGAUCCCCAAGACCUCCAAGGUGGAGAGGCUGCAGGAGAACUUUGAGGUCUUCGAUUUUGACAUCUCUGGCGAGGACAUGGAGAAGAUGAAGGCCAUCGACAGGAACUACCGGACUAACCAGCCUGCCAAAUUCUGGGGCAUCGACCUGUUUGCUUAG